UCAAUGAAAUUGCUCAAACUAAUAAUAAUAAGUGUCAUUACAAAGUAAAUUGUUGUCAAAUAUUUUUCUAAGUAAAAUUUCUGGCAAAUUAUCUUAAACUGGAUAACGUAAUGGGAAGCUCGGAUGACAGGGUCUACGCCGCCGAGCGAAUAAUACAAAAACGCGUUAGAAAGGGCGUUGUGGAGUAUAGGGUCAAAUGGAAGGGUUGGAAUCAACGUUAUAAUACUUGGGAGCCUGAAGUAAAUAUACUCGAUCGGCGCCUAAUUGAAAUAUACGAACAAAGCAAUAAAUCAUCAAAUACUCCCUCUAAACGUGGCCCCAAAAAGAAGGAAAAAGAACGUGAUCCAGAACCGGAAUCUGAAGAAGAUGAAUACACAUUUACCAAUGAUGAUGCGGAACUCAUACAACCAACUACAUCAGCAGCAGCUACAAGCGCUACAGGCGCAACAAAUCAUCAUCAUCAUCACCACCAUCAUCAUCAUCAUCACCAUGAUAAAGAAAAAGAUAAGGAAAAGAAACGAGAUCAUCACCAUCAUCAUCACUUAAAAUCCGAACGUAGCUCAGGACGUCGUUCAGAAUCACCACAUACGCAUGCAGAAACAAAACGACAAAAAGAACAUAGCAAUUCCUCGAAUUUAGCUUUUAUAUCUGAAGCCGAUACAAAUUCUUCUAGCUCAGAUGAUCAACCUUUAAAUCAAAAAGAAAUAGCUAUAGGUACCAAACGUAAAGCAGAAGUGCUCAAGGAAUCAGGUAAAAUUGGUGUUACUAUAAAAACAUCACCUGAUGGUCCACCAGCUGUAAAGCAUCAUUGCUCAGUUGAUUCUGCAACGCCAAUAUCUACACCAUUAAAAGCAGAAACUGAACCAUUAUCACCUGAAACGCCCGCUUCUCGACCGGAACAGGCAACACCAUCUGAAAAAACACAACAAUAUAAUGCACAAGAUGAUGAUGAUUCAUCAUCACAAGCUGAUAGUCAACCGGAACAGCAAAACAUCAAUCAAAAAGGUGAUAAUCUGGGUGAACUUUCAUUAUCACCACAUCAUCAGUCACAGCAAUUACCAUUAAUGCCGCUCUCACCAAAAGCUCUACCACCACGUUUUUGGUUACCAACAAAAUGUAACAUAUCCGAUAAGGUGGUCAUCACAGAUGUAACAGUUAAUUUGGAAACAGUUACCAUCAGAGAAUGUAAAACUGAGCGCGGGUUUUUUCGUGAACGUGAGAUGAAAUCAAGUAGUGAUUCUGUGGCAUAAAUGAUCGAUGGAAAUCGAUUGUGACAAGUAAGAGACUUAGGAAAGUAAAGCAGGACUUUUUCCAUAUGAAUACGUAUUUAUUUUAAAUUAAUUAUAUGUUAUAUAUGUUUUAUUUUGUUAGUGUAUGCGACAAAGUGUUGAAUUCUGUAUAUUUGCUUGAAGUUAGUUUAUGUUGUAACAACCAAUAAGAAAAGUAUUUGUGAGUGAA